AUAAACAAAACCGUCACAUAGUUUUUUGCAAAUAAAAAGAACACUCUCCUCUGUUUUCUCUCUGCCUCUUCACUCACAUUUCAACAUUAAACCACUAAAAAUGAGUGGUUUAACCUUAAAAGGCUUCACAUAUAUGCUUCUAAUUGCAUUUCUAAUUUGGUCUUCUAAUUUUGAGUGCUGCAUUGCAAGAAGAGGUAAGCAUUGGAGAAACACAAGAACUUUUUCAUCUUCUUUGUUUAAGAAAAAAGGAAAGAGUUACAAUGGAAAUAGUCAUAAUAAAAAUCACCACCAUAGUGGAGGAUCAAAUUCAAAACCAAAGUCUUCACCACCAUCACAUAAAAGCACUCCACCACCAUUAUCACCAAAAGCUCCUCCACAACAUAAAAGUGUUCCAAUAUCUCCACCAAUUUCUAAACCAAAAUAUUCUCCUUCAAUUCCACCACCAAAAGGUAACAAUGGAGAGCAUUCAACUUUCUUCAAUGUGUUAGAUUAUGGAGCUAAAGGAGAUGGUAACACUGAUGAUACUAAGGCAUUUCAAGCAACAUGGGCAGCUGCAUGUAAAGUAGAAGCAUCAACAAUGGUGGUUCCAGCAGAUUACAUCUUCUAUGUGGGCCCUAUUUCAUUCUCUGGCCCAUAUUGUAAGCCCAAUAUUGUUUUUCAGCUUGAUGGUACAAUUAUUGCACCAACAAACCCAAAUGCUUGGAGUGGAGUAACACUACAGUGGCUGGAAUUCACAAAACUAGAAAAAAUUACCAUUCAAGGAAAUGGGGUCAUUGAUGGAAAAGGCUCAGUUUGGUGGCAAGAUUUUCCAUAUGAUAAUCCAAUAGAUGAUGAAGAAAAGCUUAUAGUUCCUUUAAAUCACACUCAGAAGCCUCCAAUGCCGGUACAAAAUGAGAUGGGAAGAAAAAUGCCAAGCAACAAGCCAACUGCACUAAGGUUUUAUGGGAGUUAUAGUCCAACUGUGACAGGCAUAACAAUUCAAAAUAGUCCACAGUGUCACCUAAAGUUUGAUAAUUGCAAUGGAGUCCUUGUUCAUGAUGUGACCAUUUCAUCUCCUGGUGAUAGCCCUAACACUGAUGGAAUUCAUCUUCAGAAUUCCAAAGAUGUUUUGAUUCGCAACAGCAAGUUAGCAUGUGGAGAUGAUUGUAUUUCUAUACAAACUGGGUGCUCGGAUGUGUAUGUACACAAUGUGAACUGUGGUCCAGGACAUGGAAUCAGCAUUGGAAGUUUAGGAAAAGAUAACACUAGAGCUUGUGUCUCAAACAUUACUGUCAGAGAUGUCAACAUUCAUGACUCAAUGAAUGGUGUUAGAAUCAAAACAUGGCAGGGUGGAUCUGGUUCAGUACAAGGAGUACUAUUCUCAAACAUACAAGUUACAGAAGUUCAACUUCCCAUUGUGAUUGAUCAAUUUUACUGUGACAAAAGAACAUGCACAAAUCAAACUUCAGCGGUGUCUCUAGCAGGAAUCAACUACGAAAGAAUAAAGGGAACAUACACAGUUAAACCAGUACACUUUGCUUGCAGCGAUAACUUGCCUUGUGUAGAUGUUUCUUUAACCUCUGUCGAGUUAAAACCAAUUCAAGAAAAAUAUCAUUUAUAUGAUCCAUUCUGUUGGCAGACUUUCGGUGAAUUAAGAACUCCAACAGUCCCACCAAUUGGUUGUUUACAGAUUGGGAAGCCGCCUAACAAUCGAAUUCAGACCGAUCAUGAUAUAUGCUGAAUCUUUGAUAUGUAGAGCGUGCUUGUAUCAGCUGCAAAAACUUCUAUCUCGUGUACCUGUGAAAACAACCAAGCUAUAAAACUAAACUUCCACGUUGGCGUGGUUUUCCUUAAUGAGCCGUACCGCCUGUACGGCCAAACAAAGGCGUAAAUUCAUAUGGUUGUUGAUGUACUUAUAAUUCAAGAAAAGCCAAGUCUCGCAUCGCCCCAAGAUAUGACCUUAAUCCUUAUAGCUAGCAUGUAUAUUCCAAGAGUACUAGUUUUAUAGGAAAUUUUUCUUCAUCAUGAGAAUGUUAUCAUAUGUUAUAUACUAUUAUUACUAGCCCUACUUUCUGCAAGAGGCUAAGAGUAUAUAUAUUUGUAGCUAAAAUUUCCAUUGUGUGUGAUAUACUAUUUAUUACAGAAGUGCUAGGAUGCUAGCAUAUAUGUGUGCAAUAAAAACAUUGACAUCUUCACCACAUUGA